UUAGAAAACUAAGAUAAUUGAUUUCUAAGCUCAACUUCAAAAACCCCUCAAGUUCACUUUGUUCUUAAAUUGUUUAGGCCUAUGUCAAAAUAUGUUUCAAAAUACUUUAGGUUCAUUUAUAUUCAAAAGGGAACUUAGGGAACAGUCAAUCUUGCUAUGUUAAGAGAAAUGUUAAUUAUUUGGCAGUAGUAUAGAAUUAUAGGUAAAUAAAAAUUGCUACAGUUAUAAUAAAGGGUAGAAAUUCACUAUAAUUUUUUUCUGCAGGAAAAGCCAAAACAUAUUUAGGAAUGAUUACCAAAAUUAUCUUAAAAACACAAAUUAAGUCCCAAAUAGAAUAAGGGCAGGUAGAUGUUAAACCAGGUAGAGAAAUGGAGUCAGGAAGACCUGAGUUCAAAUUGAGCCCCAGAAAUUUACUAGCUGGGUGACUUUGGCUAAGUGAUUCAAUCUCUAAUUUCCUCAUCUAUAAAAUGAGGAUAAUAAUAGCACCACCCUCCUAGGGUUAUGUGAUAACCAAGUGAAAUAAUAACUGUAUAACACUUAACAUGGUGCCUGGCACAUAUGUAAGUGUUAGCUGUAAUAUUAGUAUGAUAUACUUAAAAACACUCAACAAACAUUUAUUAAAUUCCUAUAUAUAGUACUUGCUACUUAAGCAUUUUGAUAGAGAUUAGGAGGAGAUUUUUAGCAACAUUAAGUGGAGCAUAGAGGUUAAGGAAGAUGAAGACUGAGAAAAGUUCAUUGGGAUUGAGGAAUGAGUUAGCAUACCAGAAGUGGAGAGGAUGAAUAUUUUUCUAGGAGUUUGGUUGAGAAGAUGAAUAUAUGAAGAUAGCUUAAGGUGAUGAGUGAAAGUUUAUUAACAAAUUAACAAUGGAGAGGUUGAGUAAUGGAAGGUGGUUUUUGAGAAGUGAGAGUUUUCUUAAAAGCAAAUAAAGAGGUAAUAGAUAUUCUCUUCUAAGACUGUUGCAAGAUGGGCAAUUUGAGGCAGGCUUUGAGACAGAAGAGAAAAAUUUGAAACUUACUUCUAAGGGUAUAGUGAACCAGGGAAUUUAUUAGACAAGAGUAAAAGAAAGUUUAAAAAAAAACCUUUAAAAAAAGCAAAAAUCUGGCUGUUGAGGGUCUUGUGGAAUUUGGAUAACUUGGUUGUGUGACUUUAACCACAUAUGUUGAGUAGCAGAGUACAUUUGAUGAUAGGACAAGGAAAGGAAGGAUUGGGUUUGAUAUGGAAAGUCUUAGAAAAAGGCUGGUUUCGUUUAGCAAAUAUUUAUUGGAUGUUUAUUAUGCACAAGGCUCUGCAAUAAACAGAGGAGUUCCAAGAUGAAUUAGAGCAUAGCACCCGCUUAUGAGGAAACUUCUGAUAUAGUGGGGAAGUUGUAGUUUUGCUGCUGGACUCUUCCCUCCCUUCCCCCACCCCAUCAGGAUGAUAUGAGACUUGAAAGAAGACGAUGCAUACAGGCUGCUCCCUUCAGGACAAUUUCUGUUGUUCUUCCUAAACCUUUGGUACUCAGAAUGGGACACAAUCCUACAGACGAACAGGGCAGAGUUCAGAAGAACUAUUACCUUCUUAUUCUUGGAAGGAGAGACUUCAGCAUGCAAACCUUCAUCUGUUCGCCUUGCACCAUCAUUUUCAUUCCAUGCCGCUGGUCUUCAGAUGGCUGGACAGAUGCCCCAUUCACAUCAGCAGUACAGUGACCGUCGUCAGCCAAACAUAAGUGACCAACAGGUUUCUGCCUUAUCUUAUACUGACCAGAUUCAGCAGCCUCUAACUAACCAGGUGAUGCCUGAUAUUGUCAUGUUACAGAGACGAAUGCCCCAAACCUUCCGUGAUCCAGCAACUGCUCCCCUGAGGAAACUCUCUGUUGACUUGAUCAAAACAUACAAACAUAUUAAUGAGGUUUACUAUGCAAAAAAGAAGCGAAGACAUCAACAGGGCCAAGGAGAUGAUUCUAGUCAUAAAAAGGAGCGGAAAGUUUACAAUGAUGGCUACGAUGAUGAUAACUAUGAUUAUAUUGUAAAAAAUGGGGAAAAAUGGAUGGAUCGUUAUGAAAUUGACUCUUUAAUUGGAAAGGGUUCUUUUGGACAGGUUGUAAAGGCAUAUGAUCGUGUGGAGCAGGAGUGGGUUGCCAUUAAAAUUAUUAAGAACAAGAAGGCUUUUUUAAAUCAAGCCCAGAUUGAAGUACGACUUCUUGAGCUUAUGAACAAACAUGACACUGAAAUGAAAUAUUACAUAGUGCAUUUGAAACGCCACUUUAUGUUCCGAAACCAUCUCUGCUUAGUUUUUGAAAUGUUGUCUUAUAAUCUUUAUGACUUGUUAAGGAACACAAAUUUUCGAGGUGUCUCUUUGAACCUGACACGAAAAUUUGCACAACAGAUGUGCACUGCACUGCUUUUCCUUGCAACUCCAGAACUUAGUAUCAUUCACUGUGACCUCAAACCUGAGAAUAUUCUUCUCUGUAACCCUAAACGCAGCGCUAUCAAGAUUGUUGACUUUGGAAGUUCUUGUCAACUGGGACAGAGGAUAUACCAGUACAUCCAGAGUCGCUUUUAUCGCUCUCCAGAGGUACUAUUGGGAAUGCCUUAUGAUCUUGCUAUUGACAUGUGGUCCCUUGGGUGUAUUUUAGUUGAAAUGCACACUGGAGAACCUCUUUUCAGUGGAGCCAAUGAGGUAGAUCAGAUGAAUAAAAUAGUGGAAGUUCUGGGAAUAGCACCUGCACACAUUCUUGACCAAGCACCCAAAGCAAGAAAGUUCUUUGAGAAGUUGCCGGAUGGCACUUGGAACUUAAAGAAGACCAAAGAUGGGAAAAGGGAGUAUAAACCGCCAGGAACUCGUAAACUUCAUAAUAUUCUUGGAGUAGAAACAGGAGGCCCCGGGGGACGCCGUGCUGGGGAAUCUGGACAUACUGUGGCGGACUACUUGAAGUUCAAAGACCUCAUCUUAAGGAUGCUUGAUUAUGACCCUAAGACUAGAAUCCAACCAUAUUAUGCCCUGCAGCAUAGUUUUUUUAAGAAAACAGCAGAUGAAGGUACAAAUACGAGUAACAGUGUCUCCACAAGUCCUGCCAUGGAGCAGUCACAGUCUUCAGGAACCACCUCUAGUACAUCUUCAAGCUCAGGUGGAUCUUCAGGGACAAGCAACAGUGGAAGGGCCCGGUCAGAUCCAACACAUCAGCAUCGGCAUAGUGGUGGUCAUUUUACAGCUGCUGUCCAAGCAAUGGACUGUGAAACACACAGUCCUCAGGUGCGCCAGCAAUUUCCAGCUCCUCUUGGUUGGUCAGGCCCUGAAGCGCCUACACAAGUCACUGUUGAAACCCACCCAGUUCAAGAAACAACGUUCCAUGUAGCCCCUCAACAGAAUGCAUUACAUCAUCAUCAUGGAAACAGCUCCCACCACCACCACCACCAUCACCACCACCACCAUCACCAUGGACAACAAGCCUUGGGUAACCGGACCAGGCCGAGGGUCUACAAUUCUCCAACAAACAGCUCUUCUACCCAAGAUUCUAUGGAAGUUGGCCAUAGUCACCACUCCAUGACAUCCCUGUCUUCCUCAACUACUUCUUCUUCUACAUCUUCCUCCUCUACUGGUAACCAAGGUAAUCAAGCCUACCAGAAUCGCCCAGUGGUCGCCAAUCCCUUGGACUUUGGACAGAAUGGAGCCAUGGAUGUUAAUUUAACAGUCUACUCCAAUCCCCGCCAGGAGACUGGCAUAACUGGACAUCCAGCCUACCAAUUUUCUGCCAAUACAGGUCCUACACAUUACAUGACUGAAGGACAUCUGGCUAUGAGGCAAGGAAUUGAUAGAGAAGAAUCUCCUAUGACGGGAGUUUGUGUUCAACAAAGUCCUGUGGCUAGCUCGUGACUAAAUUGAAACUUGUUUGUUUCUUGUGUGUUUUUAUAGAAGUGGUGUUUUUUUCCAAAAACAAGUGCAAAGCUGCUUGAAUCAGAAGGAGUUUAACACACUGAACCGCUACAAGAGGGCAAAGCUGACUAUUUUUUUAAACUUGAAAAGAUUGCAAAGGGACAGUGAAGUGUUUUUUUUUUUUUAAAGAGCCAUGUCUAAACCCAUCUUAAUGGAUAGCUCAGAGGUGUUACCUCAUCUUUUGCCUCCCCCAUUUUAACUUGCCACAUCUCAAUCAUAGUGUUUUUGUCUUUCUAUUCUACAAAAGUUAAUGUUCAGAUGUUGGUCUUAGUCAUUUGCCAACUAAUUUUAAAAUAAAAAGUCACUGCAUAUAAUUUACAAAAAGGGCCCCAUGCGGGUUUUUUUGGGUGGGGGGUGGGGUUCUUUGGGUUUUUUAAGCCUCCAAACACACAUGGGCACAGAUAUGCAGUACUGUAAGGAAGAGGGACCUUCAGAUUACACACCAGAUACAUUCAGCUGUACCAGGGGACAGUUGUAUUGGAGUUUGUAAGGCACAUGAAGCAUGCUAAGUGGCGGUGAUCAGAAUGCUCCUUUUCUGAACCUACUGAGGAUCAAAGCAGCAAUUCUAAUGGGAUUCUGUGUGUCUCAUUUUCUAGACCAGAGUCAGAUAGUAUUUGGAACGUGGCUGGCCUCAUAACUAAGGUGCACUGAGAAGCAAUCAACGGGUCAGUUCUGGCCAGUUCUGGGGAGGUCUAAUUGGUGGUCUUGGGGAUAACCUUUGGCCUUAUGGAUUUGGACUCUAAGUUAGAAGAGCCUACCAUUUCAAAUGCAAUCACUAUUGGACAUGCUUUUGCAGACAGUCCUUAAUGCUGAAAACACAGAGAAUGGGUAAUUCAAGAGGCCUUUCUUUUACAAUAGACUACGGUGACCCACUCAUUGUAAGGUAUUGCCAGGUCACUUUGCGUGUGUCAUAAAGUUGACUUCCUUAUUGGUUGAAGGUCACAGAGGUAGUGGUUUGCGUUUGAUGGAAAUAGCUACAGCUGUGUCCCUUCCUGCUUUUUACUUUUCUUUUGCUUUUUCUCGGCACGUGGUUUCUCCACCAUUACUUCUGCACAAAGAUGUCUUCUGUUCAUCCUGAACAUUUUAAAAAAUGCAGAAUUUUAUGUGACUGCUUUUUUUGCCUCACAAUUAUGCUGUGAAUUUUACAAAAAUUUAUUUUCUUUUUUUGAUAAUUUAUUGUACCAAAGCUGUUUUUAUAGCACAUAGAUGUCUGUAACCAAUAAUGUAGCAGUUCUGCACUUUGACACAAGGUGUAACUAGACCAUUUUUAAAUGUCAGUUGAAAAUUAUGACUGUACUAUUGCUUAAACAAAACUGGAACUGUUGUUGAAUUCAUAGCCAAUACAUUUAUAACGAUCUGUGUACUGAACAUAAUAGAUUGUCAUCUAAUUCAAGACUCUAACAUCUGUUAACAUUAUCCAUGUCUUCAGGCUUCUGAAGGGGAAGGGAGGGGACACGAGAUCUCGAAGCUAUGAAACCAGCAGUAGUUUCUUGUAUUCCUGAUUAGCAUUCUUGUAAACUUGAAAGGAAGCCCUUGAUUGCACCAACAGGUCCCAAAGUGUUAGCAUGAGUGAAGCGAAACGCUCGUGGAUGUCCUGAAGUUCACAGGCUGUAUUUAACAGGUGCCUAGUUUGAGGUUAUGCUGCCUUAAUGUAACACAGUCUGGCAGUUGCUCAAUUUGUGUUCCCACUUACAAUUGACCAAUAUUUCUGAGUGGUCGAGUUGGGAGAAGGAAGAGAGAUUAUUUAUUUGUCCAGGAUUGAAAAAAGCCUAAAAAGAAGCAGUAAUCUACCUCUGCCAAUAAACCCUGUUAAAAAGACCUUAGCAGAACAGCAUCUACUUUUUCAUCAGUCAAUUCGACGUGGCUGACACAGUCAAUUUUUUUUCUGAACAAAGUAGGUUUUUAUAUACAAGACCUUGAAAAGAGAGGCCCAAUAUGUGUAAAUGUGAAUGGCUAUUUGGAAAUAUCAGUUUUAUAAACCUUUUUUUUUUUUAUUUGAAGGAUCCUUAUUUAUUUUGUAUUAAAAUAUCAAGCCUGUGGGUGACAAUUUUUGAACUCAGCAGUUCAAAGAAGUUUACAAUGAAUGAAAGGUUGUCAUCUUGAGUAUAGCAAUAUUUUAAAAAAAGAAUCCAAUAGUUACUGCUGUCUUGGUAUAUAAAGUUAAGAUAUUUUAUGGGUCAGGUCAUUUUUUUUUCUGUGCUGGUUGCCACAUCUUAGGAAGCACCAAAAAUUAAAGCAGUUUUGAAACCAAUAUUUACAUAAAAAAACCAUAAAAUCCAAUGCUUCUGCAUACUGUGUUAUGUUACAGUCCAGUUUUGUGUGCUUUACUACACAGUUUGGUUACAGGACUAAUGUGCAUUGUAAACAUAAACAGCAUGGAAAAGGUUAAAUACCUGUGUUCAGAUUGUAAGAUCUAGUCCAGACUUGCUGUGUAUAUUGUAACGUUAAAUGAAAAAGAAACGCCCUUUGUAUUAUAGUCAUGCAGUCUUAUGUAUGAUAAACAGUUGAAUAAUUUGUCCUCA